UCUCUCUAUUCAUCUCCCUAGUUGGGCAUUUGUGGCUAAAUUUGUAACCACAACAAGAAUCAAAUGUCAUAAACCCUAGCGAUUGUGCCAAACCCAAACCCAAACCCCUUCUCUGCUAAACCCCUCUCUCUCUCUCCCUCUCUCUCUCUCUCUCUCUCUCUCUCGUUGUGGGACUGCACCGAACAAUUACCCAAAUGAUAAGAUUGUAACUAAUUUUGAGCCAAUACGUUUAUUUAUUAGUGGGUAACGUUUUACAAAUGGCUAUAGUAGAAUCCAUACUUGAUAUCUCGGUGCAAGAUCCACCAGAGGAGGAGUUCUGUUCUGCUGAUUUGACUUGGACCAAGUUUCGUACUUCUGAACGUGAAGAUGAUGUUGCCCUCAUUCCUUAUGAACGUGUUGAUGCAUUUAUAAUUGGUGAAUGCUCUAACGUGGAAUUCCCAACUCGGUUCCAUAUUGAAAGGGGAAGAAAACGAUCUUUGGGAAGCUUGAAGGAGUACAAGAAUGAUGAAUAUUUGGAAUAUAGAAUGUAUUGGUGUUCAUUUGGUCCUGAAAAUUAUGGCGAAGGUGGGGGUGUAUUGCCUAGUCGAAGAUAUCGACUUAACACCCGCAAUCGUGCUGCUAGACCUCAAUCCAUGCGAGGCUGCACUUGCCAUUUUGUGGUGAAGCGCCUGUAUGCUCGUCCAUCACUUGCACUUAUUAUAUACAAUUAUAGUGUCAGGCGCCAUGUAAACAAGUCUGGCUUUGUCUGCCAUGGCCCACUUGACAGAGAUGCCAUUGGCCCUGGUGCCAAGAAAAUUCCUUAUAUCUGUAACGAGAUUCAACAGCAGACAAUGUCUAUGAUCUAUCUGGGCAUUCCUGAAGAGAAUGUGUUAGAGAAACACAUAGAAGGGAUUCAGCGAUACUGCAGUUCAAAUGCAAAAGUUAAUAGCCUUGCUUCCCAGUAUGUCCACAAACUUGGAAUGAUUAUAAAACGAUCUACCCAUGAGUUGGAUCUAGAUGAUCAAGCUAGCAUCCGGAUGUGGGUUGAACGCAAUAAAAAAUCGAUAUUCUUUUAUCAGGAUACUUCAGAAGCAGAUCCUUUCAUUUUGGGGAUUCAAACGGAAUGGCAAUUGCAACAAAUGAUUCGUUUUGGCCAUCGCAGUCUUAUUGCUGCUGAUUCAACGUUUGGCAUAAAGAGAAUUAAGUACCCCUUGUGCACGCUUCUUGUAUUUGAUUCAAGGCAGCAUGCCCUUCCUGUUGCAUGGGUAAUCACCCGCAGCUUUGCAAAGCCGGAUGUGUCUAAAUGGAUGAAAGCUCUACAAGAUCGAGCCCGUAGUGUCGAGCCUGGAUGGAAGGUCAGUGGGUUUUUGAUUGAUGAUGCAGCGGCUGAAACGGAUCCCAUAAGGGAAAUAUUUUGCUGUCCUGUACUUUUUUCCCUCUGGCGUGUUCGUAGAUCAUGGCUAAGGAAUAUUGUUAGGAAAUGCAAUAACAUUGAAGUUCAGCGUGAAAUAUUUAACCGGCUGGGGAAGAUAAUGUAUAGCAUUUGGGAUGGAGUUGAUACUCUCGUCGCCUUGGAGGAACUAGCCCAGGAUUUCGUUGAUCAAACUACUUUUAUGGAAUAUUUCAAGGCCUCUUGGGUGCCUAAGAUUGAAAUGUGGCUUUCAACAAUCGGAACUCUUCCACUUGCUAGCCAGGAGGCAUCUGGUGCCAUAGAAGCCUAUCAUGUGAAGCUUAAAGCCAAACUGUUUGAUGAUUCGCAUCUUGGUGCACUGCAGAGAGUUGACUGGCUAGUGCACAAGCUGACUACUGAACUGCAUUCAAGCUACUGGCUUGACCGCUAUGCAGAUGAAAGUGAUUCUUUUCAAAAUGUAAAGGAGGAUUAUAUUGCUUCUACAUCAUGGCACAGGGCACUACAGAUUCCUGAUUCUGCCGUUACCUUGGAUAAUCAGGACCAGCUCUUUGCCAAGGUUUUAAGCCAAAGAGACAGCAACCUCACACGUCUAGUGUGGAAUCCUGGAUCUGAAUUUGCAUUCUGUGAUUGUGCAUGGUCAAUGCAAGGAAACCUGUGCAAGCAUGUAAUCAAGGUCAAUAUGAUAUGUGAAAACCAUAAAAGUUAUCAACCUUCAAUGUCUUAUCAGUCAUAUAAAGAGAUCAUGAUGAACCUUUGGAAAAAACCAAUGGAUGAUUCAGUUUCACUAGAUCUGUCGAUGGCCUGGACUCACCACAUGCUUGAUCAAAUUCAGAAACUUGUUGAACUGACAAGUACUAGCGACAUUGGCACUGUGGUAAAUAAUCUGCCGUUGAAAUGGGUUACGAAGAAAGUCAGAACAUAUGUUGGCAAGCCCUCAUCCACUUUGCCUCUUCCAUCUAGUUCCAAGGGUAUGAAGACAGCUGCUGUACGGAAGAAGAAUCGGAAGCGGAAAAGAUUGUCACGGUUAAGGUAGUCACAAGAGUGGAUGUAUACAGUGUCUUCUGGGAUACUUCUACCGGAGCAAACAAGAUUUAACUUCACAAUUGUCUUCGUUUUCAAAUUGUUCCGAGUACCGACUCCAUUGCUGGUGGAGUUGAAUUCUUCUAGCAUCACAACCAAGGAUGAUAAAAACUCUGCCAUCAUCGAAGGCGAUGAAUUCACUGGCAUCAUGAAAGAUGACAUGGAGAAAAAUCAAGGAUUAAUAUAAUUUUACGAGAGUUGCACAUCCUUAAUUGAGAAAAUUUCGAGGACACCUUUCUAAAGAAGACAGAUUUGCUUUGGACUUGGUAGGUAUUAUUCAUCGCAUUUGAACAUCUCUUUUCUUGAGUCACAUUCAUCAAGCCCUAUGCAUUGUAAUUACAGUUUUGUUCUUUUUUUCCUUGGAUGCCUUUAAGCACAUGUAUGCUCCGAGGGAAGAUGUUGAAAAUCCAUAUUAACACAGAUGAAUUUAUGAUCUUAAUUCGUUUUA